AUGGUACAUUUUGCAAGAGGUUUGAAGAAACUUCCAGGUUGCUUCCCGGGUGUCAUUUAUCCCUCCCACCAGUCCCAGUGUUGCCAGAGGCUGUGGUGGAAUUCCUUGCACAAGCUUCCUUGUGUCCAAGUAUUUCAGAAGCUUUUAAAAGCUGGGCAUGGCUUGGCACUCUGUGCUGGUAAGGCCUUAGCAGAGUCAGAUGGUUUACGGGUAAUAUUCAACCUUGUGCAUCUGAGUCUGUCGUGGAUCCCUUCCCUCAGCACUUUGCCACUAAUUUGUAUUACACUCUGUGGCCAUAUCAUACUUGCACAUUAUGCAAAAAAUAAUGUUGAUAGUAUCUCCUUGGCAUAUAAUAUGCAGAGUUGA